CAAAUGGGACAUAACCUCAAUUCAAUUAAUUGGAAUAAAAUAUUUAAUUUUCUUUUUAAACACCGAAAAUGCUAUUACCUCCAGCAACCAAGGCUCAAAUGUUGCUAGGGCAAUGCAUUCCUUGCAUCAAGCAAGGUGCUUCGAAAUUCAAAAUAAGGCGGUUGGAAUUGGAUACUAAUUUAAACAUGUUCUUUCCUAAGCACGAAGUGGUUUAUGCCCACGACCCCGAGAAAAUUUGCAAGACAGGCGACAUGGUUAUCAUCGAAUGCUUACCUCAGAAGUUAACUAGGCUCAUAACCCACAAAGUUAAAGAAGUGUUAUAUCCAUUGGGAGACCUAACAGAUCCGGUUACUAACAAAAAGAUCGUCUCGAGUAAAUUUAGAGAGGACAUUGAUGAUAUAAAUAGACUCUACGGAGAAAAUGAGGGAGCAUUUAGGUAUGCGAAAGCUCCAAGAAGAGGAUGGCAGGAAAAUAAGAAAGAUUUCACUCACGUAGACAUUCGUACUAAAUAUCACGAUGAUGGUAGAAAUGAUCCUACUGAAGUAUGAGCUAUUGUAAUAAAUUAACGUAGAAUAAUUAGAAUUUAGCAAUAAUGUUAUAAACCAAUGGUCAUAAUAAAUGUCAUUAAAUUUUA